AUGCAGACUCAGAUGGGCUCAAUGCGGAACUCUCCUGGCAUGGAGUACCUCUUCACGACGGACAAUGGCAUGCCAUGCUGCACAGCUCUUGAACUUCGGAACAUCUGCAACGCCUACUCGUACGGGAGCGCUCCAUACGCUCCCUGCGGAAGGACCAAGUUGGACACCCUGGCGAGCUGCUACGACCUCCUCCUGGCGGCCUACUCGGUCUUUGCGAAGUGCAGGAGCGUCGAGCAGGAUCUUGCCAGAGGCUUCCCCGACUCGGGCAGGAGCUGGUCGGAUUUGAAUGUCGAGGAGCUCCGGUCCAUGUCGCAGCGUUACAUGCUCGGCAGCAUCGGGUACCGGCGCAUCAUGUGGCGAGCAGGUGCCAGCGCAUCUACACGACUCGACCUAAGUUGGAGACUCGAUGUUGGGAUAUCCCGGGCCAGGUACGUCUCCCCCUUCUGCUUCGACAACUUCUGCGAGGGCAUGGCCCUCUACGACAUCCACGGCCUGGGAAUCAUUGACACUGAUGCGCGCGAUCCUGUACCGCAUGGUGGGGCUGGACGCGCGCACGAGGACGUCGCCAAUGCUGGAGGAGUUGCAUUACGUGUUCAUGAUCCAUUGUCUCGCGAUGGAGUACCUGACUUCAUGCCGAUGUACUCGGAGGAUCGCGAGCUGAAACUCUCGACUCCUCAGUACUUCGCAGACCGUAGUACCGUUGAAACUGAACCCAAUCAGCUGUACCUGGAUAACGUCAUGGUGGAUUCUGUGGCGCGAUGGGCGCAGGGGGCCAUCGCGGAGGCCAGGGAUACGGUGGGAGAGGCGAUCAUAGGAGGAGCGGGAGCACUGUUCAUGCCCUUCGUCAACCCUCUUGAGGAGUUUGAGCCUGUGCGAGAGUACCAGGAUGACAAAGGAAGGAGCGUCGACCCCAACAAGAUGACUCCACAGAUGAUGAGGAAAGAGAAGGACCUGCUCAACAAGCAGUUGAGGGAAGCGGCUUUCAUGGGCGUCUGCCACUUGCCCGUGCAGUAUGCGGGGAAGAAGAAGCAGAUCGACGAUGACACCUACAGGCUGAACAAGAGGCUCGAGGACCUCAAGAAAGAGUUCAACAAGAAAUACCCUCCUGGAAGUUUUGUCGACCUUGGCAAAGGACGUUUCAGAAUCCUCCCCAUCUACAAAGGGAAUGGUGGAGCCGGCGUUUUGUCCAAGCUCAAAGUCGAGAUGCCGCAAGCUCUGAAGAGACUGUUCUUGAAGGCUGAGCCCCCCCCAAAGGAUGACAGCGUGAAGCCUGGAGAAGAGAGGCCCCUUGUUGUGGAGGCGAAAGCGCCAGAAGUCAUUUGGGAGAACAAGCCCAAAAAACCGAAUGCGAAGCCUGGAACUCCUGAAUACAAAGAGUACGAGAGAUUGCUCAAGCGCCUGAACAAAAUCAGAAUCGACGCUCAGACCUACCAGAAGAGAGUUCAGAUGGAGAACGAAAUUAAAGAUUAUCGCAAGAGGAUCAAAGACCUUGAGUCGAGAUCGACGAUUCCUCGUAAUGCCUCUAAGAGAACUGAAGACGGGAAAGUACUCGAGCGAGGAGAGCUCAUCCGGCUGGCUAACGAAGACGAAGAUAUCAAGAAGAAAUAUCCCGACUCACCAACAGUCGGCCAGAAAUUGAUUGAAGCAGGGGCGGACAUCAAUGGCACCAACGAAGAUGGCUUCACUCCGCUCAUGCUUGCCGCUCGUAAUGCUCUCUCAUGUUGGCGGCGAGGAAACGGGCACACCAAGUCUGUGGAAUUCUUGUUGCGCUGCAGUGGCGUCGACCCGUAUCAAACCAACAACUUUGGCUGCACUGCCAUGCACUAUGCUGCAACGUACGGGCACCUGGAGGUGGUGGAGCUGCUGAACAAAGUUCCGCCAAACGCCUCUGAGACCAAGCUCAAGAAGAUCGAGAACAACAUGAAAAUGCGACCGAGGCACUGCGCCGACAGGGAGGUUGAGGAGUACCAGAAGAAGAAGAAAGAGAUCUGGGACCAGACCUAUAAGGAGAAGAAGUUUCUCCUUGUGCAAGAACUGGAUCCCAAGGGCAAACCCGGCUUCAAGAUCCCUGUACCGGAUGCCCUCGGGGGAGGAUCCAUCUACGUUCCGACCUCCGCGUACGAAAUCGCCGCCAACAUCGAGGAGCCGACCAAGGUCGCCGUGCCCAAGGAAUGGAAGCCGGACACUUGGAGGAUCUCUAAGAUCCCGGACCCUGCGUGCAAGGUCGACCCGAUCUCGGAGAGAGAGUUGAUGAAUCGAUGGAAGGUCACCGGCAAGAAGUGUGGACCCGCCAAGUGA